AUGGUGGAAGGACAUGACUUUGGAAAGGAACCCUACUCAAUUAAUGAUGAAGAUGAGGAGGAAGAGGACAGUUUUGAAUCUGAUGAAGAUGGAGAUGAUUAUAUCAUUGACAACUUUGUGGUACAAGAUAAGGAGUGUGAUGAAGAGAGUAAAACUCAACAAGAAGAAAGAUUGAGUACCUCACCACUGAAGUUAUUAAAGCAGAAUUCUCUUUAUUCCUUUGAUGACCCCUACAUUCACUUUAAGAGAGUGGUAAAGGCAUUUCUAAUCAAUGCUUUAGAUGGCUCUUUUCUGGGAACAUUGUAUGAUGGCACCAGGCACAAGUCAUAUGCGCAAGACAUGUUGGCCUCUCUUCAUUAUUUGGAUGAACGCUGUGUCCAGCCGCGACUGGACGGUUUAUUUUCUAGGAGUCGCUGGAAGGAACAGUAUAAGGAGCGGGUAGAAAACUAUUCUAAUGUAAGUAUCCAUUCGAAGUGUCCUGAAAACUGCUACUGCCAGGCUUGUGGACUGCAUUGCUACUGCAAAUUUUCAGUGCACUUGUCAGGAAAGUCAUAUAACACCAGAACUUUGGAAAUGGAUGAGUUCAUGUCACAUGAUGAACAGGUGUUUACUGUUGGCAGAAUCUGUGCUAACUGAACCAAAAUUUACCAUAAGCUGAAACAUUUUAAAUUCAAACUGUACAAGAAGUGUUGCUCCAUUGUAAGGACAGAGGCAGCUGAGGAUGAAGAAGUUAAAGAAACAGUGGAACGCAUUUUCAACCGGUCAGAGUCAAGUGGCUGGAUUACAGUGAAAUACAGACAACUUCAAAAUCAUCUUGAUUUUGCAGACUGCUUUCAAGAAGAGAAGUUUGACUUGUAACCCCUUUCCUCAGAGAAGAUUUUAUAAAUUCCUAUAAAUGCAAAGAUCAUGAAUGAGUCUUGUUUUUCUGUAUCAUGUGGCAUAUUUAUAUAUUUUAUGUGUAUAUUCAUAGAAAAAUACUUUGUUUAGAACCUGUUCACCUAUAUUUCUAUGAAACAGCACUCUAAAGAAUUCUGUAAUUAAAUUUAUUUGACAUAUACAUACAUUUAACAGUAAAGUCUAUAAAUGCAUUUUAAAUUUAUUAAUGUCUUUAAUAA